CAUGAAUCUAAUAAAACUGACCUACACCUACCUUCCACUGCCAUUGCCUUCACGAGUGCUCUUUUUCUUCCUCUUUCUACCCAUCCUCACAUGCAUCACUCCCCAUUCCCUUCCCAUAGUACACUUCAUAAUUUUUCACUUCCCUUCAAACAUUUCCACAUACACAACAACUCAUCACAAAACAACCACAAAAAAACAACUAAAUAAGAUUCUCCUACAUUACAAACACAACACAAAUGGAGUAUUUUUAAGGUUCUGUUUGGACUCUAGAAUAAUCACUUCAAGUUCCAACCUUUAUCCAAAAACUAUCAAAACCCAUUUCACCCAUUAAACCAAACUUCCCUUACAAAUGCUUAGCCAACCCAACUCAGUAAACUCGUCCACCAACCCACUGAGCCAACUCGUUCAGAACAUGUUCUCCGACAACAACAGCAGCAGCAGCAACAACAACAGCAUCAUCAUGCUAGCAGCAAUCAUUUCUCUGCUCCUAGUAAUCCUCUUUGUCCUCCUUCUCCACAUCUAUGCCAAAUGGUUCCUAUCUCAGUCCAACUCAGAGACAAAUACUCCCCGCCGGCAAGCUCCGGUGAACAUCUCCGACGUUCCAGUUACUUCCAACUUCCAACACCAUAUCAACAUUGAAAGAUUCGAAAGACAACCCAAAGGACUUGACUCAACAAUAGUUUCGACAAUUCCAAUGUUUGUGUCAGAAGAAAAAACAGAGGAAUUAGAAUGUGUGAUUUGUUUGAGUUAUAUUGAAAAGGGUGAGAUUGGAAGAAAGUUACCAAAAUGUGGACAUGUUUUUCAUGUUGAAUGCAUUGAUAUGUGGUUGAAUUCACAUUGUAAUUGUCCAAUUUGUAGAGGUUUGAUUGUUGAGAAUGAUUCUCAUGUUGUUGAGAUUGUGAUUGAAAGUUCAAGUGGUUCUGUUUCUGUUUCAGAAAGUUCUUCUUUGUCUUUGUUUGGUUUCUCUUUGAAGAGAAUUCUUAGCAAAGUUUUUCUUUCUUCUCAUGUAAAUGAAUUAGAUGAUGGUUCAUAAUGAGAUUAUCUUUUAAUUUCUUUA